AUGGGGGAGAUGAUCAUGUCACACGAACCUUGGGACUUCCUGAACUCUGUCCUGCGGUUCAGAGAUGAUGACUCUCAGUUCUGGUGGGACAAGACAGGGAGGAUGUUCUCCAAGCUCCUCAAGUACGCGGGGUACAGCGCAUCUGAGCAGUACCGCGAACUAAACUUUUACUCCCUUUUCGUUGCCCCUGAGCUCGGCCCCUCUCCAGACUGUCACGGCAACGUAAGAAGAUGGAGAAGUCCCGGAACACCAGAUUCAACCCCUAUCGACUUCAGCUGGGAAUGGGGUCACGAUAAUCGCGCUGUCAUUCGUUACUCCUUUGAACCAAUUGGCCUCCACGCCGGUACAGACCUCGACCCCCUUAACAGACACGCAACAAACGACUGGAUCUUCAAGCUUCAGCAACAGAAGAUGGUUCCUGGUCUCGACCUCGAGUGGUACAACCAUUUCACAAAACAGAUUCUGCCCCAUGGCAGCCGUACAAAGACAGUAGAUCGCUUCAUUGAGGAGACGACACCAAAAGCAGGAACCGUGGUAGCACUCGACAUCGAGAAGAGUGGCCCGGUCAUGAAGAUAUACAUCUACCCCGGAUUGAAAGCUGAGGAGCUUGGCAUCACCAACCUCGAGUUAGUAGAGCAGUCAAUCCGAAGCCUACCCACCGAACAAUUUCAGUCCCUUAACGCCGAACCCCUUCUCGACUUCCUAAAAGAAGGCACCAAGAAGUACGAUUUCGAGACUGGCAUUCUGGCCAUUGACUGUCUCGCCCCCCAGGACGCCCGCAUCAAGGUCUACAUCCGAGCAAAGCAUACAACAUUCGAUUACAUGAUGGACUGCAUCACCCUUGGGGGAAGACUUGACAUGUCAGGCGAAGCCAUUGAUGACCUCAAGGACUUCUGGCGAACAUUCCUCGCUGAUGCACCAGAUAUUCUGCCUGAGGACGCUCCGGGCCGAGCCAGCCCCGGCUUCUACUACACCCUCGGGUGCGGAAGGGCCAUUUCACCAAAGGUCUACAUCUCUCCCAACUACUUUAGUAAGAACGAUGUGGAUGUUCUUGCUCGUCUUCGCACUUUCUUCGCCUCCCGUCGCACAGACUCGAUGAUGGACAACUAUGAACAGGCUUUGAAAGAUAUCUUCCAUUACUACGUUGGAUGUGCUUUGCACAAGGGCCAGCUGAGGGUAGUAACAUACCUCAGCCCUCAGUCCUUUGAUUGCGAGAAGGACCUGAUUCAGGGUCGUAAACCGUGA